GUUUUUAAGUGUGACCAGUUGUGCUGCCCCAAAUUAUCGGCUGUCUAUUGUCAAAUAUUUCUAUUUUUCUUCUGAUUGCGAUUUAAGGAGCUGCCGAGAUGUCGCUGUCGCCCUUCCUGCGUCUGCCACUCACCGAUUUGACCGGUUGCCUGAUCAACCAUCAGACCUACGACAAAUGCGGCAAAUUCGAAAUGAAAAUGAUGGACUGCCUGGAAGCCUACGGCAUGGAACGCGGCAAAAAGCAAUGUGCCGAUCUGAUUGCCGACUUCCAGGAGUGCGUGGGCAUGCAGAAGCAGCUGUUGCGCUUCCAUGCUAUGCGCACGGAGCGCUACAAACAGUGGCUGGCCGGUGAGCGCAAGCGGGAGGAACUGUUUGCAGAACCACCACGUGUUGAUGCUUAUUAAGGGAAUCAUUGCUUAUAUGUAGCUGAAAUAUGUUUUAAAUGAAAGAAAAUUGAAAAUUA